AUGAGCUCAAUUAGUAUAUCUCCAAUACAGUCCGAGCGACUGUUUCCAAACGCAAAGCCGACUGAGAGAGUGGUGCCACUCUCCCUAUUAGACGUGACUACAGCAAACUUUGCCUGUACUUGUCCAAUUUGGCUCCUCGAACGAUCCGACAAGGUGGGCGAUGAGUUCGAUCUAGUGGAGCACUUUCGGCGCUCUCUACGAAUCACUCUUGACGACUAUCCCCACUGGGCUGGUCAACUAAAAAGCAUUUCUACUCUAAAUGCUGCCGAGUUGACCGAGAAGGAAAUCCACCUCCCCCUUCACGCGCGUCGCUUCGGUCGGGUCUAUUCCCACUAUGGUACAGCUGAAGACCCUGGUGUCGAGUUCGUGACUGCGACUACCAACGCCACUCUCGAGACGCUGUGCCCAGCCUCACGGACUACGGAGCACCCUCUUUGGGAUUGUAAACAGGUGCCACUCAGUGGCCUUGUUCCCUCUUCACGCUUAGCCAAUUCGCUGAAACCUAAUUUCGCCAAUGAAACGGGCAUGCUGCCACCCGUGAUGGCGAUCCAGCUAACCAUGUUGGCGUGCGGUGGCUUCGCCUUGGCAAUCAAGAUUCUCCAUCCUUUGGCUGAUAUUCAAUCCGUGACUCAUUUCGUUGAAGACUGGACAAAGAUCGGUCGCUGGAUUCUCUCAGGGUCAGGCCUUCCCAAGCCCGACUUGACCCCUCUGUUUGACCCGACGCGCCUGGACUCGGUGGCUGCAGGGGAUAUCAGUGGCCAGCAGCCAGACCCAGCAAUUCUCGAACAGAUCAAAAGCCUCCCACUACACCGUUACGAUUGGUGGGCCACGCCAGCCUUAUGCCCCUGGACCCAAGAAAUCCCCGAACCAUUUCGGAAUCAAAAACACACCCCGAUCGGUCCGCUCAUGCCGUGGGCAGACUGGGACUUUGAUGCCCCCGUCUCCCAUUAUCUGGUUCAUUUGAAUAGCAGCCAGGUGGAGUCUAUCUACCAGAGUACUAUCAGAUGGAGCCCUGACACCUCCAAGGGCAGUCGAAUUAGUCGUCACGACGCCGUCCUCGCUCACGUCUGGUCAUGUAUCACCCGAGCUCGCCAACUAGGGAAGGACCCCAGCCUAGUGCAUUGCAACCUCGCCUAUGGAACGCGCCCUGUCCUCGGUCUCGGAGAAGAUUUCAUCGGCUCGCCGACCCUAAUGCUUAAUAUCGAGAUGACUGGCAUGGAGCUAGCUUCUUCAGCUGUUGCAGAGGAUGCACGAAGGCUUUCCGCUGCGCGGUGCAUUCGCAACACUAUCAAUAGGAUCAGCAACAAGGAUGCAAUUGCGGCACAUCUUCAUAGUGUCGCUUAUGAGAAGACACCACAACGAAUCUGGCAGGCAUUUCUAGGUCAUCGCCACCUUAUCGUGACCACCUGGGCCCGCACAGGUCUGUACGGGAUCGAUUUUGGAUUGCACACGUACCCAGGCAUUCGCUACGCCGAGGGAGUACUCCCAACACUAGACGGCGAUGUGUUAAUCAAAGAUGCACCGCCCUUGAAAGACCAAACAGGAUUGCCAAGCCAGAAGGCCUGGACCGCUCACGGAGUGGAUAUAUCGCUCCAUCUUCGGACGGAGGAUAUGGAGCGACUGCUCCGGGAUCCACGGUUUCUUCCGUAG